AUGAGCUGCAGCUACAAGCAGACCUCUAAAAGCUGCCUGAGAGGGAGCAGUGGUGGCAGCGCUAGCAGCGGUGGCGGUGGAGGGGGCAGCAGGUAUUCCUCUGCCUCCUCAAGAAGAAUCACUUCCAGGACGAGUGGUGGUGGUGGUGGCAGGUUUUCUGGCAGCAGUUGUGGUGGAGGAAGUUCCAUGAGCAGCUAUGGUGGGGGAGCUAGCAGUGGUAGCUAUGGAAGGAUGAGGCGCAGUAGUUACGGAGGAGGAAUGAGCAGUGGUAGCUGUGGAGGAGGAAUGAGUGGUGGUUACUAUGGAGGGGGAAUGAGCGGUGGAAGCAUGAGAGGAGGCUUUGGAUCAGGUGGGAGUGGGUUUGGUGGUGGUUAUGCAGGAAGCUUUGGUGGAGGUAGUACUGGUUUCAGUGGUGGCAGCUUUGGCAGCAGUGGCUUUUAUGGAGGGAACGUGGGAAUUCUCUCCAACGACGAGAAGCUCACCAUGCAGAGCCUUAACGAACGCCUGGCUUCUUACCUGAACACGGUCAGAAACUUGGAAAGGGAAAACGCUCAGCUUGAACAAUUGAUCAGAGAGUGGUACCAGAAGCAAGGUCCCACUGGUACAAAGGACUACAGCCACUAUUACGGAAAAAUCGAAGAACUUCAAAAUCAGCUUGUGACUGCAGCUGUGGAAACCAACAAGGUACUUUUGGACCUGGAUAACACCAGGAUGACUGCUGAAGACUUCAAGAUUAAGUAUGAGACGGAGUAUGGUCUCCGGCAGAACGUGGAGGCUGACAUUAACAGCUUGCGACCCUUGCUGGAUAAUCUGACUCUGAACAGGUCUGACCUGGAAAUGCAAUUUGAAUCUCUAAAGGAGGAGAUGAUUGGCCUCAAGAAGAACCAUGAGGAGGAAAUGAAAUCCCUGCAAACACAGUCCAGUGGUGAUGUGAAUGUGGAGGUGAAUGCUGCUCCAGGAGAGGAUCUGCUGAAAAAACUGAAUGAUAUGCGAAACGAAUAUGAAAAUAUCAUUAAGAAAAACCGUGAGGAGGUCGAAAGCUGGUAUGAAAGCAAGAUGGAAGAAGUGAGUCAACAAGUCCACACAAGUGGCCAGGAAGUGGAAUCAAGCAACCAGCAAAUCUCUGAGCUGAGACGUGACUAUCAGAGCCUGGAAAUUGAGCUGCAGUCGCAAAUCAGCAUGCUACAUUCCUUGCAAUCCAACUUGGAAGACACAGAACGUCGUUACAACAUGCAGCUGCAGCAGAUCCAGAGUAUGAUUGCCCCCUUGGAGGAGGAGCUGGCCAGCAUCCGCUGUGAGAUGGAGAGUCAGAACCAGGAGUACAAGAUGCUCCUGGGCAUCAAGACCCGCCUGGAACAGGAGAUUGCUCAGUACCGGGCACUGCUUGAGGAAGGGCAGCAUGGUAUUAGCAUCUCCCAGGGAGGAGCUGGUGGUGGAUCUUCAGGAGGAGGAGGUCAUGGAGGAACUAGCUGGUCUUCUGGAAGAGGAAGCAGUGGAGGAGGAAGCAGCUGGUCCUCAGGUGGAGGAAGCAGUGGAGGAAGAAUUGGAGGAUCCUAUGGAAGAACUUCCUCUUCGGGAAGCGGAGGAGGAGGGAGCGGAGGAGGUCAAUCCUAUGGCAAAAUGUCAAGUGGAGGAGGUAGCAGUGGGGGAGGAGGGGGCAAAUCCUGCCUCUCCCGCUCUUCAUCUUCACAGUCCCAGUCUGGUGACUCCUUUGAAAGCCAAGGAGGUGCUGAAAACACGAAGCUCUGCCUGGAAGGGAAUAAGACAUUGGAAAGAGGAGCAACAAUGGAGGAAGUGUCUGAAGCCAUAAAAACACUGAGAUUGGGGAGUUUUAGAAAGUCUGAGGAUUGA